AGUUUCCUUCCCCGACUUCAACAAGGCGGCGCAGCUACACGUGAUUACAUGCGCCUCCAUCGUCACACAGAUACACAAACAAAUGCAUUCGCCAACACCAAGUUUGUCAAGUCCGCUUGCUGAUCUCUUUCUCUCUCCUUCUCCACCUUUUUUUUUUCUUCGAAUCGUGCUUUCAGCACUUAUUUUUUCCUUCCUUCCUCCGCUGCUUAUCCUUCGCUCUUGUUCUUCUGUGGACGACUGACUUGGCUGCUUUGGCUCGCAGGUCUCAUUUUGAGGCUCUUCGCAAUAGCCCCCCCCCUCCCCCGUCUCAUCUCAAUCGUUGUUCCUCCCCCCACCCCCUGUCACCGGUAUACCCUGAAGCUUAAAACAAAGCGCCACCGCUUAACGAAAAGAGAAGAGCGACGCAAACCACACAAGAACACCAGAGCAGCAGCCGCAGCAGAAAUACAUGAGCAGCUCCAUUCCCCUCACGAAGGCGUCAGCGGACAGAGAGGAAGAGUCCCUCUCGCAGCCUUCCCUCUCACCGACGACCACAACACCGCGUCACCACCGUCACCGCCACCACCACCAUACUCCGCUCGCAUCCGCUGACACCAACUUGAACAACGAUGCAAACCAAUCUAAUGCUAAUAACGCAGAUCAGAACCCACUCAUCGGCGACAACGACGGCAGCCCCGCCGCCUCUAGUCGCUCGCGCACACGACGCAGUCGUCGUCCGCACGCGGCGAGUCGUGUCGACGCGGCAUUUGGUCUUCUCGGCGAUGACGCCCGCGACGGGCUCGCCAUUUGCUGCGACGGCGUCAGCGUGCAGCGGAGCCACCGCGACGUCAUCGACGAGGCGUUCUGCCUCUUCCGCGGUGGCCGGGUGACGGCGCUGGUAAACUGCUGCGGCACGCACAGCGCACUGGCGUUGCUCACCGCCGUGGCCGGCCGGGUAGACUGCGCGGCGGGCAACAUCGUGAUGAACGGCGUACCAGUCUCCGCGUCGGCCUACCAGGCGCAGAUGAGCUUUGUAGAAGGGAAGAACGCGGUGGCAGACGACGACGACUACGGUGGAGGGGGAGGCGGGGCCACCGGCGACGUAUUAGUAGAGCUCACCGUGCGCGAAAACUUGGAGUACGCGAGCGCGUUGCGUGUGGCAAACUCUGCCCAGGCGUACUCUGUAGAGGAGGUGAUGCAGCAGCUGCUGCUCGAGCCCCACGCGCCGGCACGCGUUCGGGACUGCUCCUUAUACGUCCGCCGCCGUGUCGCGCUGGGCAAGGAGCUGCUGCUCAACCCCUCGGUGCUGCUACUGGAUGAGCCGAUGGACGGCCUGGCGACGCACGAGGCCCAGCAGUUUCUGACCAUUCUGUCGAAGCUCGCCGCACCGUCGGCAGCAGACGCAGAGGCGCGCCACGCCAUCCGGCAGGCCAUGGCGGCUUCUGCUUCAGCAUCCUCCUCUUUGGGAGGCGUCGACGUCAAUGCCGCCGCGAGCAUCACCGAGCCGUCGACGUCCUCUGCACGCGCCUCCGUAUACACACCGCGCCACAGCCGCGUGCACCGGCGCGACAGCAAUGGCGUUGCAUCAUCGUCGUCACCGCCCAGCUCAUUUGUGCCUUUGUCCACGGCCGGCGCGCAGCCCAACCAUACCGCCACAGCAGACGUCAACAGUGCCGCGGAGCAUGAGCUUGGCGCGCCGCUGAUGGAGUCGACGCAGCGGGUGGUGAUCUUGUCGAUGGUGCAGCCACGCUGGGCGCUGCUGCAGUACGUGCAUGACGUGGUGCUGUUAGAGCGCAGUCGGUGCGUCUUUUCGGGGACGGUGCAAGAUAUGCUUUCCGUGAGGCUUCCCAAGGCGGUCUUGCGGCCCCGCAUGUCCGACAAUGUCGAUGACAUCGUGGCGGCUGCAGGGGCGAGGGAGGACAACGACAACGGCGACAACGACGAGAGAAGCGGCGACAAUCGGAAGGUGCGCUCGGCCAGACAAGUUGGUGCUUCGCAGCUGACGGAGGACGCUCCGGCGGACUCGUACGACGCCGUGGCCGCCUCCAUUCACAAAACGCGUCUCAACGAGGAGUUGGUGCACGGGCUUUAUCGACUGGCGGCGACGGCACCCCCCGGCGGGGUGGUGGCCGGCACAGAGUUUCCGUUCUUUGCUGCUUCCUUCACGGACAACCCCGAUGCGCCAGAGCCGCAGGGGAGCAGCCCAACGAGCGGCGGCCGCCAUUCGACCUCCUCCUCCUUCAUCGCCGUGCGUGCAGAUGGAAACGGUACCGCCUCUCUCAGUCAGCUCUACGCCGUGCUGUUUGGCCACGCCCGCGCGCAGGUGACGGCGUACAUGGAGGUGUGCGCGGCGGGACUGCUGUCCCUGCCCGACGCCUCACACCAAGCCCCCUCCGGUGCGAUUCAGCUCCUUCAACUCUUUCGCUUUGGCUUUAUUGAACUUCGCCACAGGCUUCUCGGCGACCUUGUUGCGCUGGCUUUUAUGCUGGCCGCCGCGGCCGCCCUGGCUGCGCUGUACGGCGUUCAGGUCGGUGACCGCGGCAUCCAGAACUGCGCCGGCAUCCUCUUCUUCUUGGUGUGCUGCGUAGUGCUGCAGGCGGUGCUGUCCCUCGACGCCCAGCGACGCGAGUACGCGGCCUUCUGUCGCUACGCCCGCAGCGGCUACUACGCCGCGUGGACGUUUCUCGUCUUCCGCGCCGUGACGGCGGCGCUGUGGCGCUUUGGUCUAGCGUCGUUUGUGGCCCUCGUCGUCUUCGUCUUGUCGAACUUCGGCGAGCCCUGGCGGGAGUACCGCGGCGUCUUCGAGCUUGGCGUCAUCAUGGCGGUGCUGUCGUACUGCUGUUACUUCUUGAUUUGGUUCCUCUGCGCGUGGUGGCCGUCGGACCGUGUUAGCCGCGUGCUGGUGUUUGCGUUUUACACCUUCAACAUCGUGCUGGGGGGUCUUGUGCUGAACUUGACGACGCUGCCGCCAGCAGUGCAGGGCGUGUCUUUCCUGUCGGUGGUGCGGCUGGCCUACGAGUCAUCGAUGCUGACGCACUUUGCGGGGAGGACGUUCGGAUGCAACAAGACCGCCCCCGACGGCAGCAGCAGCAGCGCCGCGGAGGACUUCAAAGAGGCGACCUGGCGCACCCCUCCGCAUCCCGCCGGCGCAGCGGCACGACGGAGGAGCGAUGCGCACCUUUUGGACAAGGGCCGUCAUGGCGCACACUCCGCAGCAGCGCAGGCGGCGCGGCAGGGUGUGCGGUGCUACACCGGCGCCGAGUACGCCGCGUACAUGGGAUUUGAGCCGUCGCACCGGUGGUCGAACGUCGGCAUCCUCGCCGGCCUCUCCGCGGCGCUGCUCCUUGCGAGCUGGAUCUUGAUGGUUCUCUACCGUCCUCGCAGGCGACUGAGGGUAAUUACUUGA